AUGCCAGAAAGUCAGGUGCCGGGUAGUCAAGUACCGGACAGUCAGGUGCCGGGAAGUCAAGUGCCGGACAGUCAAGUGCCGGAUAGUCAGAUGCCGGAAAGUCAGGUGCCGGGUAGUCAAGUACCGGACAGUCAGGUGCCGGGAAGUCAAGUGCCGGAUAGUCAGAUGCCGGAAAGUCAGGUGCCGAGUAGUCAAGUACCGGAUAGUCAAGUGCCGGAUAGUCAGGUGCCGGACAGUCAGGUUCUAGAAAGUCAGGUGCCGGAUAGUCAGGUGCCGGACAGUCAGGUGCAGGAAAGUCAAGUGCCGGACAGUCAGGUGCCG